AUGCACGGAGUCAAGCGCACUCCGAAGUCUUCCACGUCCGCCGAAGCGCGCGCGGCGCGCAAAGCGAAAGAGGCCGCCAAGCUUUCCGCCUACCUCGAGAUCGAGUCCACCUUCUUCACAUACAAGCGCGAGCGGCGGCACGACCAGACGGCGCUGGAACACACAACGAAACUGCUGACGCUCAACCCGGAGCUGUAUACCGUAUGGAACUUCCGUCGGGAGGUGCUGCUUGCGCUGUUCGGUGGCUCGGCUGAGGGCCAGGUGAAGAAGGACGUCUUUGCAGACCUCCGCAAUCCUUCCCAAAACCAACAGGGCGCGAAGCAGCCCGAAGAAGAGGACGCCUCGAGGACACACCUGAGGCAAAACCUUCUGGAAGACGACCUGCUUCUCACAGAACACGCCCUCCGCGCACACCCCAAAGUAUACUGGAUCUGGAACCAUCGCAUGUGGUGUCUUUCGCACCACCCUUCCGCCUCGGUUUGGGAGCGGGAGCUCUCCCUGGUCGCCAAAAUGCUUGAUCUCGACCCGCGCAAUUUUCACGGUUGGAACUGUCGUCGUGCGAUCAUCCAGCAUUUGGCCCUCUCAGUGCUCUCCUCCGAUCCGUCCACGGCUUCGUUCGCCGCGCGCCAACCGGUGUUCCCGACGCUGCUCAGCGAUCCCCUGCUGCAGUCCCACCCCGCGGUCAAAGAAGGCCUGUUAGGUUUGGCGGAAAGGGAGCUGGCGUAUACGCUACGCAAGAUCGAAAGCAACUUUAGCAAUUUUUCCGCUUGGCACCAGAGGUCGAAGCUCCUGCCACACAUGUGGACCGCCCGCCAGCUCAGUACGGAGCAAGUGGAUGGGGAAGUGGACAAGGAGCUGGAGCUGGUCAAGCAGGCCAUGUAUACGGAUCCGGGUGAUCAGAGUGUUUGGUUCUACCAUCGGUGGUUGGUGGAGGGUCUGUUCGAGCCUAUGGUGCACCGGACGGAGGGCGAGGGGAGCAGAGCGAAGGGGGAGGCUGCUACAGGCGAAGACGGGCGAGUGAGGGUAGCGAAGUCAGAAGCGGGAACAACGGGAGGGAAGAGCGCGAACGCACAGCCUGGCCAGUCGCAAGAGAGGAGAAAGUCACGCCAACUCACGGUGCUACGCGAGGAGAUCGGCGUGAUCGAGGAGCUCUUCGAGCUGGAACCCGAGAGCAAGUGGUGUGCGAUCAGCCUGGCGCACUACCAGAUGCUGCUGGCUGGCCUCCAGGGCGAUACGAAGGACUCAGCGGAGGCGAAGGGGAAAGCAAAGAGGCUGUUGGAGGAGCUGAUCGAGCUGGAUCCGGAUCGCGAGCAGCGUUAUAGAGAUUUGCUAGAGGGUAAGGCUUACUUCUAG